GGUGCGUCUUCCUUUCUCUCUAUCCCUUUUCCUUUAUCCAUAUUCGCACCAGAGUGUGUUUUUUCACACAGGCGUGGUUUAGUUUGGGAUCGUAGGUUGUAUAAGCCCAGCAAGAAUACAUAGAAAAAGAGGUUGGGAUUGAGAUUUGGGGAAAUGGGUUUGUGUGCGAAUGCAGUAGUUUCGACCGGUAAUGGCAGUCCAUGGAGUAUGACAUCUCUAAGAGCGUCUUUGCCUUCCAUUCCCUGUGCUACUCCUUCUUCACUGCGCUUCCCGUUAGCUGCAAAAUACCCAUCUUCUUCUUCUUCUCCAUAUGGGUUUAGGCUCUCACAACCCAAACCCAAAGUUGUUCUGCGCUCCUACACUGGGCUUGCCCCUGUGCAACCCAGUAUCUCCCCCCUUGCUUCUCCAGAAUUUAACAGUUUUGAGCAUUGCUUCCCCAUUAUCGACAAUGGUGGACGGAUCUAUGCCAUGAGACAUGGAAAGCGUGUCCCCAAACUCAACAGACCACCAGACCAACGCAAAGCACUACUUCGAGGUCUUACAACUCAACUUCUUAAACAUGGUCGUAUCAAAACUACCAGAGCACGGGCAAGUGCAAUGAGGAAAUAUGUUGACAAGAUGAUAACACUGGCAAAAGAGGGAUCUCUUCAUAAGAGGAGACAAGCUCUCGGCUUCAUCUACGAGAAGCAGAUUGUCCAUGCCUUGUUCGCUGAGGUUCCGGAGAGGUAUGGUGAACGAAAUGGAGGGUACACCAGAAUUAUCAGAACACUUCCAAGACGAGGGGAUAAUGCUCCUAUGGCAUACAUUGAGCUUGUAUAGCUACUGAAUGCAUCUUCUUGCAAACAUUAAUCGUUGUAGAUGUUGUUGGGGUUCGUGUGUACUUCAUAUUGUUUUUUUGGCUGAAAUUGGGUACUCCACCAGAUUCAUCAUCUUUCUUACCCGAUCACCAAUGGACACAAGUUCCUUGCUAUUGCUUCACAUAUUUGUUAAGAAAUCACAAUGCUUAAACCAUGAUUGGAUGGAUAUUAUUUGGAUCUAUUGCAGCACUUUAUUUUGAAGUUA